AUGGAUGUGUCUGAGGAUGGCAAGGCCCGGCUCCAGCUGCCUGCCAGCUGUGAGCCGCCUAUGGACAAUUCCAAGCCGCUCGUUUGGAUUAUUUUUGGCGGCACUGGACACAUGGGCCGGUCCCUGGUCAAGUGUGCCUUGUCAAAGGGCGACUAUGUUGUCUCCAUUGGUAGAGUUUUCGAAUCCACUCCGGAAGAGAUGGCCAACAUGCAUGAGAAUUGCCUUGGUGAGCUGUGCGACGUACGAUCGCGUGAAUCAGUCUCCAAGGUCGUCAAGCGUGCCCUGGAUCAUUUUGGCCAUGUGGACGUCGUUGCCAACUGCUCAGGGUAUGGUGUCAUUGGCUCGUGUGAGGACCAGGACGAGCAUGAUCUUCGAAAUCAGUUCGAGACCAACUUUAUGGGGACGCUGCACAUCAUCAAUGCGACACUCCCCUAUUUUAGACGGCAAAAUAACGGAAGAUAUCUCAUCUUCAGCUCCACGUCGGGUGCUCUUGGCGUGCCUGGACUAGGGCCAUACUGCGCAACAAAGUAUGCCGUCGAGGGUCUCAUCGAAGCCAUGCUCUACGAGACGGACAUUUUCAGCAUCAAAGCAACCCUGAUUGAGCCGGGUUUCGUACGACGCGAUGAGCCCAUGGCGAACGAUUCAGACAGUCCUCUCCCCAGUUUUGGCCAUUUCUUCAUCAAGCCUGCCAGCGAGGGAUACUCGGACGCCACGUCUCCCGCUCUUCAUGCCAAGCGGAUGGUGCAGUGGCUCGGGGAUAGGCAGCCAACGAGCGCGGUCAAAUGCGCCGAGCUUGUAUGGCAGCUCGCUCACUGCUCAUACCCGCCGCUCCGCCUGCUUCUGGGCAGCUAUGCCAUUGAGAGUAUACGUGACAGAAUGCGUUCCGUCACGGAGGAGCUGGAGGAUUGGAAACAUUUAAAUUUUGCUUCUGCCACGGGCGAUAAGGAUGAAGACGGCAAAGAUGGUGCCAUGGACACCAGCUCUUGA